AUGUCAAUAACUCAUGAGUACUUGAGGAAGUAUUCUUAUAAUCGAUGGAAGAAUUCAUCAAGACCCAUUUAAGAGAUAACUCAAAAGAAAAAGGAAAGUGAUCCCUUCUUUGUGGAGGCACAAUAUGAAACCCACGAAUAAUUUCAAAAGUUAAAUCCAGAAAUUCAAGUCUCACAAGAAUAUCCUGAAGAAAAUCAAAUGGUAGUAUCCAAUUAGAUUUAACAAUCCAAUUCAUACGAUCCUAAUCAUGCACUUUCAAAUGCUUAAAAUAUAAACAAAUCCUAGAAGCACAAUAUAUUUCAGCCAAUUCCAAAUUGUAACCUCAUUCAUUAGCCACUUACAAUCCAAAAUUUGAAAGGAAAUAACUUUGUUAUAAAAGAGCAAUUCAAUAUAAGGAUUGAUCCCACAACCUAAAACAAAUUAAACAAAUCUAUCUAAUUAAAUGAAGAAUCUCUUAAAGAGUAAGUCGUCCCCUAAAUGCCUCAAAAUUAAUAUCUCUUUCUAUAAACCAAUCAAAUCUCUUAAUAUAUAGAAAUAUCUCAAUAAGUUGACGAAUAAAAUGAAUUGAAGGAAGUAAAUUAGGACUUUGAAGAACAAGAAAUACCUCCAGCAUCUAAAUAGGAAUUUCUACUCAGAUCUGAUUUUCAAUCAUAUGAUCCUAAAUAAGAGGCUGAGGAACAACACUUCCCAUAAGUCGUUCAGAUGGACGUUGAUUACAAUAAAGAGGAAUACCUCUAGAUAAUAGAUGAUUACAUUGAAUUUAUUAAAAUUACAGAAUACACUGAUGUACAAUUAAUCGAACAUGAAAUUUUGAGAUUACAACAUAUUUCCUCACAAAAACAAUUUAUGCUGAGAAUUGAUCCGCUAAUAAUAAGCAUGCUCUUUGAAUAAAUACCAAAUAACCCUUACAAAAAGGAUUCCCAAACGCCUUACAAAUAGAUGGACUAUUUGGAUUUAUAUGAUGCACUCAAAAAUUAUAAGAGUCAAUUAGAGCAAGACUUGUAUAUUCCAGAUUUAAGCGAUUUCAUGCAUCAUUAAUUAUCUUAGCAAACACUAAACUUCUUAGCAAUCAAAAGAUAAUAGAUCUAAUGGAAUCCACAACUCUUUAAAGCAUUAUAAAGGAGUAGAAACGAAUUAAUAACAAUAUUCUCUAUUUACAAUCAAAUAAAGAUUCCGGACAUUGUAUUGUUCGAUUAAGAUAUUGAUGCUUUCAAAAUUUAAGUAAAGUAAGUUGGUUCCAAUUCAAUCAAUAUCUUUCAAAAUUUGUUUAGUAAAUAUAAAGAAAAGACCUUAAAGAAGUUGAAGGACUUAAAAGUAAGCAAUUAAUUAAACAAUAAAAAUAAAUCAACCUUGGUUAAGUCAAAAUACGAAUAUUAGAAUUAGUAUCAAGCCUUUUAGAGUCAAUUAGAUGAAUUUAGAGAUUAAAUAAGAGAAUAUUAAAAUAAGUAACCAAUUGACUUUAAACAAGCUAUGAGUUUAAUAAAAAAAUUCAAUAAUAUUUAAUAAUUUUAUAUAUAGAUAAAACAGCAAGAACACAUUCUACACAACUAAGGAAUAUCUUAUGUUCCAAUAGUCUUUAACUAAGAACAGGAAAUCAUGAAGAUCUUUGAUUUGAUGUACAUUAAUCUGAAACAAGAAAUCUUGAAAACUAAAACUCUAUUAACAUUGCCCCUAGGAGAAUUUGCAUGGGAACAUCACUUAUAGUAAGAAUAGGAAGCAUUAAAUAAAAUAACAAGGAGAUUCUCUCUUCUUAAUCAAUUUUAUGAGCAAUCAGUGCAGAAAUACUAAACUGAAUAUUAAUUUAUUAGACAAUUAAAGAAAGGAUAAAAAGUUAUGAAUGACAAUAUUAAUGUUUUAGUCUAAUACUUAGACAUAAAGAAAAUUAUUCAUGAUUAAAAACUAAGCAUGUUCUCUUAUCCAAAAAUGCACUUAUAAUAAAUCACAGUGCAAUCUUUGAAUUAUCACGAUUUAAUUGUUUAAACUAACAAUCGAGUGAUAGCUAUCGAGUAAUUAAAUUAAUAUUAAUUUAUUGAAGAAUUGAACUAGAUUUUAUCUUAGGAAAAUUACCCUUCAGUGGAACUCUCUUUAUUGAAAAUGAAAAAUCAACUCAAUUCUCUUAAGUUUUCUAAAUUAAUUUAAGAUGAAAUUAACUUAUUACGUACCUACAUUGCUUAGGCAUUGUAUUACUUUCCUAAAAAUUUAUUAGAUAUAUUUGCUCAGACUAAUACUUAUGAAGAAAUUGAAUUGAAAUUGGGAAAUAUUGAAUAAUUUGAAGCCUUGGAAAAUAGCAAUUUUGAAAGCCAAUCAAAAGAGUUAUUUGAAAUAUUUAAGACCUUCUUUGAGUCUAAAAUAUAGAACCAAUUUGAUGAAAUAUUCAUUCAGUUGUCCGAAAUGAGCAAAGAGUAAAUUAAUGAUUGGAAUCCAUUAAGGCUAGCCAAAAGGAUAGAUUUAUUGUAUGAGUAUUAGAGAUCGGAUAUCGAUACCAAUUAAUAUGUAAAGAAGGAAUUAGUGGAUUAAAUUAUUGAUUAUCCAGAUUUGAGAUAUCUAUUUUAGGAAGCAAAGUCACUUUUCAAGUAAAUAAGGGAAUUACUUGAAGAGGAAUAGGAUAUAGAAAAAACUAAUCAAAGUAUUUUGAGUUUAAUCUUGGAUUUUGAGGCUCCAGAAGGAAUAGAUUCAACUUUGAUUGAUUUGAAACCUUUGGAAAGAUUUCAUAGAAGCUUUAAGAAGUUUGAUAAAUAUACACAAUUAAAAAAUGAAGUCAUCAAUUUAGGAUUAAUAUUACAAUAAGAAUAUAGCUAAUAUUUAUAGUGUUGUCAAAGUAAAAUCCAUAAAUUAGUUGAUUGUAUUGAAAUAAAAAUUAAUACACUAGAUAAAGGGAUCUUAGACAAUAUUUUAUUUAAACCUCUUCAUAUGAAUACUCCAGUGCCAAUCUAUGAAUUACAUACAUUAUUGAACUAUCGUUAUUCUGAUUUCUAAUCAAUCCAAAUUUCAAAGUUUGAAAAUAAUUAAUAAAGAAACAUUAUCUUAUUUUCAUAGAAAUUAAAUUAACACUUUGAUGAAGAUAUUGAUAUAGUCUUAGAAGUAAUGUAUGAUAAAUCUAAGGUUCACAAUGUUGGAAUAUAUGUUGAUCAAUAAUUAUGUUUUUAAUGUGAAUGA